AUGGACCUGAUCACAGUUUUGCUCGUGCCAACUGUUGUGCUGGUCACUGCGGGAAUCUUUUACCUCUAUAGUAUAAUCCUCAGGCUGCUGGCCAAAACCACAGUCCGCAACAAAGUGGUGUUGAUCACAGACUCGCUCACGGCACUAGGAAAUGAAUGUGCAAAACUCUUCCACAAAGGAGGGGCUAGGCUUAUCCUCUGCGGCAAAAGUUGGGAGAAACUGGAAUCUCUCUCUGAGCAACUGGCCAGUGAAUCAGAUCCAACCUUAACAUUCCCACCCAAGCUAAUUCAGCUGGACUUCACUGAUAUGGAGAGUGUUCCAGAGGUGACCUCUGAGGUACUGGAGUGUUAUGGCUGCCUGGACGUUGUCAUUUUCAACAGCAGCAUGAAGGUCAAAGCACCCGUACAAAGUCUGUCUUUGGAGAUGGACAAGAUAGUAAUGGAUGCAAACUACUUUGGGCCCAUCACACUGGCCAAAGGUGUCUUGCCUUCGAUGAUUGCCAGAAGGACCGGUCACAUAGUACUGAUCAACAGCAUCCAGGGAAAAAUAGCUGUUCCUUUCCGCACUACCUAUGCAGCAUCCAAACAUGCAGUCCAGGCCUUUUUUGACAGCCUCAGGGCUGAGGUUCAAGAGUAUGGCAUCUCUGUCAGCACUGUGUGUCACACAUUCAUCAGUGGCUCAUCUACAGACGACGAGGUCACUUCCAAAUCUAUCUGGGCCACCCUCACAAGACAGAAACCCUGUGGUGUCCCUCCAGAGGAGAUGGCCAGCGAACUCCUGAACACCCUGAGUAGUAAGAAGAAGGAGAUUGUCAUGGCUAGAUCUAUCUCAAAGGCUGCCAUCUACGCCAGAUCACUGUUUCCAAACCUUUUCUUCGCCGUGAUGGCCGCGGGCGUGAAAAACGCAGCUGCUGUGGAGCGUGACAACUGUGUUAACUAA